CGCGCCCGGCGAGGUGACGUCACGGGCCGCCGUGCCGCGGUGGUGGUGGUCCGCCUGCGCUCGGGAAAAGCCGCCGGGAUCGCUGCGCCUGGCGGUGCACUACGUCCGCACCCGGGGACACGACAUCCCUUCCGAAAGCUCAGUCGGAGCUGCGUUGUGGCGGAGCUGGUAUUUCUGAGGCGAUUGUGAUACAGAGUGAAAGUUGGAGGAGGGACGCCAGGCGGGAGAGACGCGGCGCUCUGCGAGGGAGGCAGGCCCCGGCCCGGGAGCUUAGGAACCCUGCGGGCCAUCAUGAAGUUCCAGUAUAAGGAGGACCAUCCCUUUGAGUAUCGGAAAAAGGAAGGCGAAAAGAUCCGGAAGAAAUACCCGGACAGGGUCCCGGUGAUUGUGGAGAAGGCUCCCAAGGCCAGGGUGCCUGACCUGGACAAGAGGAAGUACCUGGUGCCCUCGGACCUCACCGUUGGCCAGUUCUACUUCUUAAUCCGGAAGAGGAUUCACCUGCGGCCUGAGGACGCCUUGUUCUUCUUUGUCAACAACACUAUCCCUCCCACAAGCGCUACCAUGGGCCAGCUGUAUGAGGACAACCAUGAGGAAGACUAUUUCCUGUACGUGGCGUACAGUGAUGAGAGCGUCUAUGGGAAGAGAGCAGUUUCUGUUUGGAAGCAGAUCAGUCAAGACUGUCUGUCCUGCCUCCAAGGUGGGCUGAGUUAUUGUCUGUUUUAUUAAAAUGCAGUCUUACCUUUAAGAGGCAAUUCUUCCUGAAUAAGCUGGGCCUUUUAGGAGGCUAAAGGAAAGCUUACUUUAUGUGCUAAUUGACACAAUGAAAGCAUAGGCUAUGCUGGGACACUUUUCUUUAUCUGGGGGGUAUUCAAAUAUUCUAGGCCAAGUUGCUCCUGGCCUUCUGAGCUUUAACUGACUAAUUCAUUAACUCUGAGUCUUUUCUGGCUGUCUAGUUUCAACUAGUUAACUCUCUGAGUCCCUUCUAGUGGGCUUUACUGUCCUUAAAAAUUCUCUCUCCACCCCACUCAUAUCUAUUUUCCUGCCCAACACUAUGAGAAAAUAUAGAAUGCUUCUAUUGUUUUCCAUUUUAAUCAAAACACACAGCUAUCUACUGACAUCUUUGAUAAAAUCACCUGAGCCUAUGCUAUUGUUGAUAAUUCAAAAAUUGAAUGGAUAAAAUCACUCUUAUGUAAUUAAAAUAACAAAGGAGAAAAAUACCUUGAGGAAAUCCUUAGGAUCCAUUUUAAAGACUUUAAAAAAUUAUAUGCUAGCAAUGAAAAACAAUUUGUGAGGUAGCUCUGAAAAAUACUUACCCUUAGCUGUCAUGAUUGCUGCUUGUACUAGAACAAUUAAAUAAAGGCAGGCAAAUACUACUGUAGCAAUGCACCACGGAGACACUGUUCAAAGAGAGAGAAGUGGGCCGCUGUGAUCAAUGCAAACGAGGCUCUGGAAUAGAAUUUUGGUCAAGAACUGUACUGAAAUCUAAGUUCAUGGGAGUACCGUGCUGUGGGGAAAUCUACCCCAGCCCAUGAGGGGAAAUGUACAAAUGAUUUUGCAAAUAUGGGCACAACCAGAGAAGAUAUGACUAUUUUUAUGAAAGAACAAAUUAUUUGUGGACUAAAAAAUUGCCCCAUUAAAUAAAUUUUUAAAAGACUACAAGAGAGCACUUCAGAAAUCCUAUGAGGGAUUUAAUUCACCACCCUCCAGCAACUUUUAAAAAAUGAUUUUUCCCAUCUUUGUAGCAGAACGAGGUUAAGAAUAAAACUCCUACGGUGGUAGUUAGUUUUGAUAAAACUCCGCUUGUUGUGAGAUACCUCACGAGCUCCAUUUUCUGUUUAGAAAUACUGAAGUUCUAGAGGAGCACUUACCUUUUGCAAGACUAAUAACUCACACUGGAAAAGUAUAUUUGAGACAUUCUUUAUUCUCUGCCUAUGGGACAUCAUUCUAGGCCACCAUGGCCUUCAGUGGCUUAUAUUUAUUCCCAUUUGCUUAUAACACAGCAUUUCAGGUCACUAUGACCAGCCAAGAAAUGGUGGCAUGAGAAAAGAAUUCUGACUCAGAGAUUAGUCCCAGAAUUUGUUUGUAUGAUGAGUUCAUCAAAAUAUUCAAGCAAAAAAGGGAAGCUGGAGUUUUAAAUGUUUUUACCUUUUGUCUUAAAAAUCCUAGUUAUUUUUCUCUUCUGAAUACUUGAAGAGCAAUGAAAUCUGAUGUCUGAGUAUAUUAUACUUUCCUCACCAAACUCUAGAAAAUAGAAAAAAAUGCAUGUAAUAACUAUAAUAUAUAUAAUUACCAUAUGUGUGUAUAUUUGUGUACAUAUAUGAUACAUGAACAUACAAUUUAAAAGCAUUUAGAAAUCAUAAAACUUGUCCUAUUUUAUGCUUAUAAGAAAGUUUUUAAAUUUGCUCAGUCACGUAGUUGCCUUGUGAGAUAUGGCAAGUUCUUUUUAAUUCUUAGCUUCUUUUAUAAAGGAUAACAACAGUAUUCAUUCAUAGAUGUAUUGUGGAGAUUAAUUUAAUGUGUAUAAAAUCAAUAGCCUAGUACUUGAAACAAUAACCAUACAAUAAGUGUUAUUACUGUAGUAGUAAUAAUAGUAGCCAUGUGGAAUAGUAAUUAUAAGCAUAUAAUGGGCAAUAGCAUCUAGAGUAACACUGAUUGCAGAAGCAAGAGUAGAAAUAUAAAAGUUAAUUUAAAAAUACUAUCUUUGCCCCUUCCUAUAGUUGAAUUUAAUCUUAAUGAAAGAAGUAUGAAAAAAAAUCAUUUUCACAAGGCAGAUAAAUUCUCUUAACUGUAUACUACAUAUACUCCUUCAGUUCAAGUGAAGCAGAACUCAAAGCCACCAAGUCAAUAACAUUUUUCCAAAAACUAUUAAAUCUAACUCCAUUGUAACUAUUCGCUUAUCACACAAUGAUUGUCUGAAAUUUAAAUUUUAAGAUCAUUCAUAAAGACAAAAGAUUUUCAAUUCCUCCUCUAAAAAUAUCUGGCUAUGGACUUCGUUUAUUAUGUUCUUGCCAAAUAAAGGGGUUGUUUAGUAAUAACAGCAGUAUCUAACUUUACCUGUAUUUGUUUCAUGUAAUUCUGCCGGCAAAGGCUGAACAUCAAGGCAGGGACUGGAUGGCGCCGACCUCUCUGGUUCCAUAGCUUAGAUUAGAUGCAUGGAGCAGAUAAUGAGCAGAGGGUAAGAAUGAGACAGGAUUGAGGAAACAGAUCUCUUAACAUUGCAACAUCAGACAGGAUGUUUACUUUACGCUUAAUAUAUAAACUACUUUUUUCACUUAAGAAAAUAAAGGACAAUGUAAGCCAUGCCCUAGAGAUUGCUCUUCUUCUAUGUAUAAUGAAACACUUCUUCAUUUUUGAAGAUGAAAUUUAAAAUUACAUUAGCCAUAAUGGUUUCUUCUCUGCCUUGUUAUUUUUUCAAAGACAAUGAAGAAACAAUAAAGACUAAAGCAUAUUGAUGUAAAUAAAUGAUAUAUUCUAUUUGAGUAAGAUUGAUUUUUUAAUCUUUUUUCAUGGCUUUAGGUAUUCAUGCUCAUUAUAAAUAAUUCAAACAAUAUGGGAACGUAUCUUAUAGAAAAUCAAAACAAUGUAAAACCCUCUUCCCUCAGUAUAACCACUGUUCACAUAAUUAUUCAUAACUUAUCCUAAUUUUUCAAGGUACUAGUGAGGUGUUUUGUUUAGAAAACUAAAAGGAACAAUUUAACUAUCAAUAAAUUAAAUAAUGAAAUUAAUUAUAAUGUAUUUCUACAAUAAAACUUGUACAGCCAUUAAAUGUCUUUCAGAGAGUUUGGCAGGUCUUGAUAUGAAUAAUUUUCAUGAUACAGUAAGUGGGAAAAAGGUACAAAUUAUUGCAUAAUAUGGUGUAUCUUUUGUAGAAAAAAAUAUAUGUGUGCUUGUAAUAUAAUGAUGCAUGUCUACUUUCAUGAUUUAAAAUUGUAAUAUAAUAAUAUAGAAGUGAUUAACUUGACAAAUUUUUAUUUUAUAUAUGUGGUUACAUUUUUGUGUUUUUGUUUUUAAUGAACAUACCUUAUUUUUGUUAUUGAAAGGAUUAAAGUGUACACAUGUGAAAUUUU